CUAGAUACAUCUAUCCUUGCCUUUGGUCGUCUAGAAGCUGACUGUUAUUUCAUCUCCAAGUCGGUCAGCCUCCCAAAAUGGAUCCUGAAAAGAAUUGUGAGGACUGGACAGGCAUCGAAAACAGGAAGCAGCGGAAGAAAGUCCAGAAUCGGAUAAAUCAAAGAGCUCACAGAAAACGAGUAAGCGAGAAAAAGGCCCAAGAUCCAAGAUCUGGACGCCGUCCGUACCGAGUGGAUCGUUGGCGAAUUGCAAAUGACAAACCCUCCCAACCCAGGAACACCGAAUGGACCUCGACAAACGUGUUGGCAAUUCGAACUUCAUCUCAGCAAACGGCUGGGCUAGCUAUUCUAGCAGAGUCUGACAGAUCACCCAACGUCCACUUUCCUCUUCCUGCCGACCAUUUACUACGUCUUAUCCACUACAAUGUAUAUCGAGCACUUGUUUCCAACAAGGACGUCCUGAGGCAUUUUGCGAGAAUAAUCAUAAUCACCCCAAGUGAUGCUGUUGGCAAUCUACAGCCUAGCAGACGACUUUGCGGUGGUCCAACGACCAUCCACCCCCUCUCUACGGGCCUUCCAGGUUCACUCUUUCCGACAUCGUUACAGAUGGUCCAUCCUCACUCUAACUGGAUCGACAUGUUUCCGUUCCCACAAAUCCGGGACAAUCUCAUUCAAUGCGAGGACUCUGUUGACGUGGUGGACUUUCUGAGGGAUCUCUUUGGAGAUAUGGUGAACAAUAGUCUAUCUAUCACGCCGGAAUCAUCUGACCCCUUGCCGACCUCUGCCCAAAUGCUACUUCAAGGGGAAGACGAUGACGACCCGGUUACUGCUGGACGGAGGGGAUUGAUUGUAUGGGGGGAGCCGUACGUGAAGGAAAGCUGGGAGGCUACUCCGGGGUUCCUCAAGAAAUGGGCAUGCCUGUUAAAGGGCUGCGAGGAGUUGAUUGAAACAAGCAAUCGCUGGAGGGCAAUAAGGGGAGAAGAUCCACUUAUUCUAGCUAAUUGAUUUGCUCCUUCUCUAUGGGAUUUUGUAGCCCGAAACCUUACAACUGGAUUGACCGUGUGCCUGGGAUAAAGGCAUGUCAGCGCACCACAACAGGUCGAAUUCAACACGAGCCUUGUAAAAACAAUGCAUGUCCGAUG